CGGUGGUCUAUCAGUUAUUCCCCACCGUCAUGCAGUCGCAAACAAUAAAUAUAUGGGCGUAAAUUAUAACCCGGCUAUUGAAAAUAGUUUUUUGCUCUAUCUUGAUUGUACAAGCUUAUACGCACAUACAAUGAUUGCCUACAAGCUACCUGAAUCAAAUUUCAGAUUUUUAUCACAAAAUGAAAUUAUGGCUUUAGGCGAUUUUACAAGCAUACACGAUGAAGCCGAGACUGGCUAUAUAAUUGAAGCAGACCUGUCCUAUCCAGUUAAUUUACACCAAUUACAUAACAGCUUCCCCCUGGCUCCAUUAAAAGAUCAGCCACCUUACAACCUGUUCUCUCCAUAUCAAACAGACAACACUGUUGCUCUGCGCAGAGAAGCGGCCGCGCGCCGCCCGUCUCCCGACACAGCCGCCUCCGCCGCCACCGCGUCAUCACGUCUUUUAGCCACCCUUUAUAAUCGUAAACGAUAUGUACUCCACUAUAGAAAUUUGAAACUUUAUUUAAGCUUGGGCAUGAAAUUGACUGCUGUACAUAGAGUAAUCGCUUUUCAUCAGUUGUACUGGCUUAAACCGUUUAUUGAUUUGAAUGCACAACUGAGAAAGGAAGCAAAAAAUUCAUUUGAACGUACCCUCUUUAAAUUUCUUUCAAAUAGUCUGUUCGGAAAGUUGAUGGAGAAUAAUAGGAAAAGAAUAGAUUUUAAGCUAAUCACUUGUCAGAAAAAAUUGGAAAGUUUGAUUGCAAAACCAAGCUGUAAACGAUGGAUUGUGUUUGACAAAGACAUUGUCGCUGUACAAAUGUGUAAAACAGAAAUAAAAUUAGAUCGUCCAAUUUAUGCCGGUUUUUCAAUUCUUGAUUUGAGUAAAUUUACAAUGUUCAAUUUCCACUACAACAUUUUCUUGAAAAUGUUCGAUCCAAGCUGUGUUAAAUUGUGCAUGACCGAUACAGACUCAUUGCUAUACCAUAUCAAAUUGGACGAUAUCUAUGCAUUUAUCAAACAAAAUCUUCAACAUUUUGACACAAGUGCUUAUCCUGUCACACAUUGUUGUUAUAGUCAAUUGAACCAUGGUGUGCCUGGCACAUUUAAAGAUGAAUUAAAAUCUGGAAUUAUUACGGCUUUUUGUGGACUUCGUGCGAAACUUUACAGUUUUGAAUAUGUACUAAGCAGUAGUGCUAGUGACAGUAGUAGUAGUAGUAAUAGUAAUAGUAAUAGUAAUAAUAGUAGUAUUAAGAUAUGA